UGCAGCCACCCGAAGAAAAGAAAAAAAGGGAACCCAGCCAUGCCUUGAGAAAACCGGUAGAAAGCCUUACAUUCCUCCUUCUUUCUUGUCCAAAAACCAGAUUUGGAGCCUUGAAAUCUUCCCCCCUGCAGAAUUUUCGGAUCUGCCCUGCUUUGCUCUGUUCUUCCGCCGGCUGCUCCUGCUUUGUGGGGGUGAUUUGCUCCGGUUUUGGUUUCCCAUGAAUUUUCUGCACUUCCCGUCGGCCUCCCCAAGUCACAACUCCGGUUCUUGCUGGAUUUAUGGAAACGAAACCGAGGAUGGGGAAACCACGGGAAGUGACGAGUUAGAAGGCUAGCCAUUUCGAGAUUUGAUAUAGAUUUUACAUGUAGAUCAUGAUCUUCUUUGACUUGACUCUAGGAUGACUUGGUUGUAAAUUUGCUUAGCCUCCAUGGGCUACGAGGUGAAGGGAGUGGCGCAGUGGAAGCGUAGUAGGACAUGUUCUGUUCAUAAAGAGUUGAAUUUUCGAAUCUGCCCUGCUUUGCUCUGUCCUUCCGCCGGCUGCUCCUACUUUGUGGGGGGUGAUUUGCUCCGGUUUUGGUUUCCCAUGAAUUUUCUGCACUUCUCGCCGGCCUCCCCAAGUCACAACUCCGAUUCUUGCUGGAUUUAUGGUAUGUGACAGCCCCUUGAGCUUAAAAUCAUCCAUUAGCUGCUGAAUUAUCCAUGAAUUUCUGCCCCUGUGCUGAAUUAUCCAUGAGCAUAAAUAACUUUCCUACUA